CCAAGUUCCCGAAUGACGGCCCGGGCCGGCCCCACCCAAGAGCAUCUCUCUCCUCUCCCCCGCGGCGGACGAGAAGGGGAGAAACGUCUCAAAUGCGCUAGCGGCAGCAAGGCCGAGCAAGUGGCGAGUCGUGAGAAGCCGAGCGGGAGGCGGCACAACAACGGCAGCGGGAGAGGGGAGAUCGAGGAAGGCCAAACAAACGCCUGGGGGAUUUUGUUUUCCCUCCCUUCCGAAUCAGCUGUGAUAUAAAGAAGAAAAAAAGGGAAGAUUGAGCCGCCGCAGCGGAAGCCGAGGGUCUCGACGGAGACGGCGGGCGGCCGCUCCUCGCCGCCGGUCGAUUGAUCAGCUGCGUGAGACGGGAUGAGCCACCUGCGCACCCGCCGCCCCACCGCCGCGGCGGCGGCGGAGCAGCCGCCGGUCCAGGCGUCGUACAACAUCAUCCCGAUUCAGGACGUGGUGAUGCACGGGCAGCACCCGUCGCUGCGGUUCCCGGAGGUGCGCGCGGCGGUGGAGGCGAUGGCGCACGCGGAGGACCUCCCGCAGCCGCCGCUCAUGCGCGCCUGGGACUUCCGCCGCGCCGACCUCUUCGACUGGCUCGGCGCCACCUUCGGCUUCCAGCUGCACAACGUCCGCAACCAGCGGGAGCACCUCGUGCUGCUCCUCGCCAACGCGCAGCUCCGCGCCGGCGGCACCCUGCCCGCCGACCACCCCGCCGACGUCCUCCACUCCUCCGUCGCCCGGAACAUCCGGAAGAAGCUCCUCAGGAACUACACUGCCUGGUGCGCCUACCUCGGCCAGAGGCCGCACGUCCACGUGCCCAGCGCCGGCCGCCGGACCGGUGCUUCGGCCACCGUCGGCGUCGACACCCGCAGGGACCUCCUCUACACGGCGCUGUACCUGCUAAUCUGGGGGGAGGCUGCCAAUUUGAGGUUCAUGCCGGAGUGCCUCUGCUACAUCUUCCACUACAUGGCCCUCGACCUCAGCCAUGUCAUGGACUGCUCUAUCGAUAUUGAGACAGGGCGGCUUGCAAUCCCUGCUGUGUGCGGUGAGGAGGCUUUCCUGAACCGUGUUGUCAUUCCGAUUUAUACUGUGCUCAAGGCCGAGGUUGAGGCAAGCCGGAAUGGGACCAAGCCACACUCAGCGUGGAGAAAUUAUGAUGAUGUGAAUGAGUACUUCUGGAGCCGGCGAGUCUUCAAGAAGCUCCGGUGGCCACUGGAUUCAUCAAGGGGCUUCUUUGUGCCGCCGGGGAAGUUUGGCCGUGUUGGGAAGACUGGUUUUGUAGAGCAGCGGUCUUUCUGGAAUGUCUACCGCAGCUUCGACCGGUUAUGGGUGAUGCUUAUUCUGUUCUUUCAGGCAGCGAUGAUCAUUGCAUGGAAUGGUAGCGGGAUUCCAUGGGAGACCCUCAGGCACCGUGACAUCCAGGUCCGGGUGCUGUCAGUGUUCAUCACCUGGGCUGGGCUGCGCUUUAUGCAGGCGUUGCUUGAUGCGGGCACUCAAUACAGUCUUGUGUCGAGGGAGACUAAGCUCAUCUCUGUCCGGAUGGUCCUCAAGGCGUUUGUUGCUGCAGGGUGGACUAUCACAUUCAGCGUGCUUUAUGUGCGGAUGUGGGAUCAGCGGUGGCGAGAUCGCAGGUGGUCCUUCGCCGCCGAAACCAGGGUGUUAAAUUUCCUUGAAGCAGCUGCUGUGUUUGUCAUCCCACAGGUGCUUGCGUUGGUGCUGUUCAUCAUUCCUUGGGUUCGGAAUUUUACGGAGAAAACCAAUUGGAGAAUUCUAUAUGUGCUCACCUGGUGGUUCCAGACGCGCACAUUUGUAGGCCGUGGUCUGAGGGAGGGGCUAAUAGAUAACAUCAAGUAUUCCCUGUUCUGGAUCUGCCUUCUUGCUGCUAAGUUUAGCUUCAGCUACUUCCUCCAGAUUAAGCCGAUGGUGUCCCCCACAAAGACAAUAUUCAGCCUCCAUGACAUCCGGCGUAACUGGUUUGAGUUCAUGCCCCACACGGAGCGGAUUGCUGUAAUCAUCCUGUGGCUCCCAGUUGUCCUCAUUUACCUCAUGGAUAUCCAGAUAUGGUAUGCAGUCUUCUCAUCACUUACAGGGGCACUAAUCGGUCUUUUCUCGCAUCUGGGGGAGAUUCGCAGUGUUGAGCAGCUGCGGUUGAGGUUUCAGUUUUUUGCAAGUGCAAUGCAGUUCAAUUUGAUGCCAGAGGAGCACCUGGACAAGUUGCAUGGUGGCAUCCGGAGUAAACUGUAUGAUGCAAUUCACCGGCUCAAGCUGAGAUACGGUUUUGGCCGCCCAUAUAGGAAAAUUGAAGCAAAUGAGGUCGAAGCAAAGAGAUUUGCACUGAUUUGGAAUGAGAUCAUUCUGACAUUUAGGGAAGAAGACAUUGUUAGUGACAAGGAAGUUGAGCUUCUUGAGCUUCCACCAGUUGUUUGGAAAAUUCGUGUGGUGCGGUGGCCGUGCUUGCUGCUAAACAAUGAGCUGCUUCUUGCUCUCAGUCAAGCAAAAGAGCUAGUGGCUGAUGACAGGACACACUGGGGUAGGAUAUCUAGCAUCGAGUACAGGCGAUGUGCUGUGAUUGAAGCUUAUGACAGCAUACGCCAGUUGCUGCUGGAGAUCAUUGAGGAGAGGACGGAUGAGCACGUUAUUGUCAAUCAGCUGUUCCUUGCAUUUGAUAACGCAAUGGAAUACGGGAAAUUCUCUGAAUACUACAGGCUAGACUUGUUACCUAAAAUCCAUUCAUCUGUAAUCACCUUAGUGGAACUGCUACUGAAGGAAAAAAAAGAUCAGACCAAGAUAGUCAACACCUUGCAGACUCUCUAUGUCCUUGCAGUUCAUGAUUUUCCAAAGACCAGGAAGGGUAUUGAACAGCUCCGGCAAGAGGGGCUAGCACCGUCAAGGUUGACUGAAUCUGGGUUGCUCUUUGAGGAUGCCGUAAAAUUCCCUGGUGAGAAUGAUCUUAGCUUCUACAAGCAGGUGAGGCGCCUCCAUACAAUCCUCACAUCCAGGGAUUCCAUGAACAAUGUCCCAAAGAACCCUGAGGCUAGGCGGCGUAUAGCUUUCUUCAGCAACUCCCUAUUCAUGAACAUGCCUCGUGCUCCCACAGUUGAGAAGAUGGUGGCAUUCAGUGUUUUGACUCCAUAUUACAACGAAGACGUCAUGUACAACAAGGACCAGCUUCGUCGUGAAAAUGAAGAUGGCAUCUCAAUCUUGUUUUAUCUUCAGAAGAUUUAUGAAGAUGACUGGGCGAACUUUUUAGAACGUAUGAGGAGGGAGGGAAUGGUUAGUGAUGAUGAUAUUUGGGCUGGGAAAUUUCAGGAGCUCCGACUUUGGGCCUCGUAUAGGGGUCAGACCUUAUCACGGACUGUUAGGGGAAUGAUGUACUAUUACAGGGCUCUCAAGAUGCUUGCUUUUCUUGAUACUGCCUCUGAGAUUGACAUUACAGAAGGAACAAAACAUCUGGCUAGCUUUGGUUCCAUUAGGCAUGAAAAUGAUGUGUAUCCUAUGAACAAUGGUUUGCAACAACGGCCUCAAAGGAGGUUGAACAGAGGAGCCAGCACUGUCAGUCAGUUGUUUAAAGGCCAGGAAGAUGGUGCUGCUCUCAUGAAGUACACCUAUGUGGUCGCUUGCCAGAUAUACGGAAACCAGAAAAAGGGGAAAGAUCCACGUGCCGAAGAUAUCCUGUCUCUUAUGAAGAAAAAUGAGGCCCUUCGUGUUGCUUAUGUUGAUGAGGUCCACGAGAUGGGUGGUAUACAAUAUUAUUCUGUCCUUGUAAAAUUUGACCAGGACUUGCAGAAAGAGGUUGAGAUAUACAGGAUCAGGUUGCCAGGCCAACUGAAACUUGGAGAAGGUAAACCCGAAAACCAGAACCAUGCCAUCAUAUUCACAAGAGGCGAUGCAGUGCAAACAAUUGACAUGAACCAAGAUAAUUAUUUUGAGGAGGCUCUCAAGAUGCGCAAUCUAUUACAACAGUACAACUAUUAUCAUGGGAGCCAAAAGCCAACCCUGUUGGGAGUUCGAGAACAUGUUUUCACUGGAUCUGUCUCUUCACUUGCUUGGUUCAUGUCUGCACAAGAGACAAGCUUUGUUACCCUUGGGCAGCGUGUGCUAGCUAAUCCACUGAAGGUUCGGAUGCAUUAUGGACAUCCUGAUGUAUUUGAUCGCCUUUGGUUUCUGACCCGGGGUGGUUUAAGUAAGGCAUCGAGAGUAAUCAAUAUCAGUGAGGACAUAUUUGCAGGUUUCAACUGCACCCUGCGUGGUGGAAAUGUUAGCCACCAUGAGUACAUCCAGGUUGGCAAGGGGCGUGAUGUUGGGCUUAAUCAGAUAUCGAUGUUUGAGGCUAAGGUAUCCAGUGGCAAUGGUGAACAGACAUUGAGUAGGGAUAUCUACAGACUUGGUCAUAGAACUGAUUUUUUCCGGAUGCUUUCUGUGUUUUAUACAACAGUGGGAUUCUACUUCAACACAAUGCUGGUGGUCUUGACAGUUUACACAUUUGUUUGGGGGCGCCUGUAUCUGGCCCUGAGUGGUCUGGAGGCUGGAAUUCAGGGAAGUGCUAAUGCUACUAACAAUAAAGCCUUGGGUGCUGUGCUAAAUCAGCAGUUUGUCAUACAGCUCGGAUUCUUCACUGCCCUGCCAAUGAUUUUAGAGAAUUCUCUUGAACUAGGUUUUCUACCUGCUGUCUGGGAUUUUUUCACAAUGCAGAUGAAUUUUUCGUCUGUCUUCUACACAUUUUCCAUGGGAACAAAAAGCCAUUACUAUGGCCGAACAAUUCUUCAUGGUGGUGCAAAGUAUCGGGCUACUGGCCGUGGCUUUGUUGUGCAGCAUAAGAGUUUUGCUGAAAAUUACAGGCUAUAUGCUAGGAGCCACUUCAUAAAGGCUAUAGAGCUCGGAAUAAUAUUGACCGUGUAUGCCGCUCACAGUGUGAUUGCCAGGAACACACUUGUUUACAUAGUCAUGAUGAUAUCAAGCUGGUUUCUUGUGGUGUCCUGGAUCAUGGCUCCAUUUGCAUUUAAUCCUUCUGGCUUUGAUUGGUUGAAAACUGUGUAUGAUUUCGAGGAUUUCAUGACCUGGAUCUGGUUUCCAGGAGGUAUAUUUUCUAAGGCUGAGCACAGCUGGGAAGUGUGGUGGUAUGAGGAGCAAGAUCAUCUGCGGACUACUGGCCUUUGGGGAAAGAUUUUGGAGAUACUGUUAGAUCUCAGAUACUUCUUUUUUCAGUAUGGGGUUGUAUACCAGCUCAAAAUCGCAGACGGAAGCAGAAGUAUUGCGGUGUAUCUGCUUUCCUGGAUAUGUGUGGCAGUGAUCUUUGGUGUUUUUGUCCUGAUGUCCUAUACCAGGGACACGUAUGCUGCAAAGCAACAUCUUUACUACCGGGUUGUCCAGACUGCUAUCAUCGUUCUGGGAGUGCUGGUGCUGAUAUUAUUCCUGAAGUUUACUGAGUUUCAAAUCAUUGACAUCUUCACUGGCCUUUUGGCAUUCAUUCCUACUGGCUGGGGCUUGAUUUCCAUUGCUCAGGUGAUCAGGCCAUUCAUCGAAUCCACUGUGGUGUGGGGCAGUGUUAUUUCUGUGGCGCGUUUGUAUGAGAUACUGCUUGGAGUGAUUGUUAUGGCACCAGUUGCAUUGCUGUCCUGGUUGCCAGGAUUUCAAGAAAUGCAGACAAGGGUACUGUUCAAUGAAGGUUUCAGCAGAGGCCUCCAAAUAUCCCGCAUUCUUGCUGGCAAGAAAACGAACACAAUUUGAGGUACUAACCAGGUCGUCGCGGUUGCAGUUAGGCAGUGAUCCGGUCAUCAUCUCUACAGCACCAACACGGAAAGCCUUCCGUGACAUAGCUUAGCUCCAUAUUGCAAUCUUUUGCUGGCUACUGGCGAUCUCUCUAGAUUAGAUGUUCAGAUUCGUACAACUUUGGUGAUUUAGGCAUUGAGUCUUGCACUAGCUGCUUGUUAGAGUAGAUGAUGAUUGCGCUUCAGCUUACCGUUGAGCUCUGACUAUAUUUGUUGGCCUGGCUAGAAGUUCCAUCUCCUGUGCUGAAGAGGUCGUGUAAUUGAGGAUUGAUGGAAAUUCCCCGGUGUGGUUGAUCAGAUCUAGGUCUGCGCCUCAGUUAUGUGCGCGCUAUUUCUUCCGUUGCAUUCUCUCUGCAUGCUCUGCAUGUGGUCGUCGCGCAAAAUUGGCAAAAGAAGAUUGGCGCUUUGUAAUUCGUGCGAGUACAGUCAGAAUGGACUCGUAACAAAAUGGGUUAGUUUCAGAAAUUCAAUUAGGCUGUUGGGAGUGUAUGCUCCUGCGCAUCAAAAAUAA